AUGGACCAAGUACGGAAAAAGGAUGCCAUAGAAGCAGAAUGGCUGCGGAACUACACAUUAAUUCGAAACUUAUACCUCUCGGAUAUGUCUCUCAACGAUCUCGUCUACUGGCUGGGUAUCUUUGAGAAUUUCGCUGUCACGUUGGAAUCCCAACUGGAGUACCGACUGAAAAAGUGGAAUAUAUUCAAAUAUAUUAACCGCAAGUCAUGGAAGUAUAUCGACCAAACGAUCAACAAAAGGAAGCGGGAAGGUAAAGAAAGCGAUGUUCUUUUAUGCGGUAAGCGAGUAAAGCAAGCCACCAUCGACAAACAAAUAAAUCACCACUUCAAUACAAGUAUCCGCGCCCAAAACCUCGCUGAAAGCCAUAUUCAGCCGAUUGCAUCGUCAGAUCAGCUUAUUGUCUGUACGCCCCAAGCUUACCUAAACGAGUUUGAGUGGCCAGAGACGCUGCCGUGGUUCAAGUUCCGAUCCAAGUUGCAAGAAUGGUUAAGCUAUACUCACCUACACCGAACGACGGGUGAGCAAAGAGCGCCACUACUUCAUCUUCUUAUAUCGAAGAUAUUGCUGGCUGGACAGAAACUGGAUCAAAAUCAGGCGAGCUACCUAGUCCCCAGGUUCGCUAUGAACCUUGUUAUGGGAAUGCCGGAAUACUUCCCUGGUGAACACCUACAGACUGCUCAAAUCAUCGCGACGGGCACCGCAAAUGUCAUGAUACCCGAGUGCCUGAAGCUCAUUUUCUAUAAAGUCUCGAAUAACAUGGUCUCAACGUGGGAGGCUGAUGAUUUUGAAAAUCUUUAUACUCUCAUCUCCAGGACUGGUCUCUUGAGUGCCCCAGACAGUCUAAGGAGAGCCCGACAACAAGAUCUGACCAUCAGAGCAUUUAUGGAUAACCUCUUCCGAAACCUGAUCAUGUUCAUCUGCCAUGAAAAGAGGAUGGUGGAUAUGGAGAAUCCUAAGACUCUGGUCAAAUGGCUGCUUUCGUUAGACCAAGACCCUAACAUCGAGUUUCCGACCUUAACCGAAAAGGCAUUGGAUAUUGCGAUUUUGUCUAGACAGGUAGACAUAAUUGAACCGCUCCUGAAGGCCGGUGCUGUUGUUGAAACCCUCCACGCGGCUAUUCUACUACAAGAUGAGCGCCUUUUCGAACAGGCCCUAGAAAUUGGGGCAGAUGUCUCGCUACCAAUCGAAACGCUGACAGACAUCCCCACACAUGCAAGGUCCAACACCGUCAAAGAGGAAACAGCUUUGAGCACCGCUGCUGCAGUCAGCAUUCACGCCACACGUCGAGUGUUUGACCUUCUCCAAAACCAAAAUCAGGCCAUCAAAGCGGCGUCGUUUAUCACGUCUGACGUUUUUAUUUCAGCAGCAUGUGCCGGGAACGCUGAUGUUAUAUCUUUUCUUCAUGAAAUCAACCCUAUCGGUUUCAGGAGUAAUGCACGCGGCGUAACGCCUUUGGAAGUUGCUAUAAAACAGGGUCAUCAAGAGGCUUAUCAGUUGCUCUUCCAGCUCUAUCGUCAAUCCAGCGCCACUCUUCUUCUUAUUCCAAUAUUCACACACCAGCUCGACAUAUUACAGUACCUUCUGGCGAAUGGGCUUGUCGUCAAUCUUACGGCGAAACGGGCUGAUAUAGAUGCAUGUCGGUUCUUAGUGCCAAAUAGAGUUACCCAUUGGAAUUUUCACUUAUACGAUGAACAAAAGCCCCUGACUGUUUUGGAGUUAUUUCUCCGUGAUACGCCAGUCAGAUGUGAUUGGAAUGAUGCGAUCAAACUCCUUCUUAGAUUGGGAGCUUUGUUCCCUCCAAAAGCAAUUCUCCAAUUGUCGAGUACAGGAUGUGACGACAUACUUUCUGCUGCUCUGGACGCCGGGGGCGACCCAAACGAACAAGAUUUGAACGGAGACAGCGCGCUUGCGUUAGCUCUGCGGAGUAAAAACACAAACUGUGUCCAGCUGCUUCUAGAAAGGGGCGCUGAACUGCACACACCGACAUCUGAAGUGUUUGAAGCCCUCGUACCUGGGCAUGUAUGCAACAUUCGAGGAGAGCGUGGCGGAUGUGACCCGCGUCUCAGAACCCUCCUUUUGAAACAUUGGGCGAGCAUUUUCGACCCUCGCAAGGACAUUGCGCUUGAUAUCGACGCUGCGAUCAUCGCGCAAGAUGAUCCCCGGCUCAAAAGCGCAUUCUCAGAAUUGCCAACAUACUACAGCCCAUCAAGCUUAUGCUCUGCUGUGCUGGUUGAGAAUGACUGGGUCAUUGACUUUCUUUUGAAGAACAGAUCUCUUCAAGCCCCUCGCGAUAUUUUGGAGGGAACCGCAGUUGGUUUAGCCGCGAUGCUAUGUAAUCUGCCUUUGGUACGAAAGCUUGUCAUGCGGCUUCAAAAACCAGAGACCGCACUGCUUCCUGUCUUUUCCUCGAGCUAUUCUUUUGAUUUUUUCAACGAUAAUGGCCUUAACAUCAUUCCAUCACACAUUUUCUGGCACAGACAGUCAAACGAUGAUGAUGAGUUUGGUGGCCGUAUUCGUCGUAGACUUUUUGAGGGCAGUCCAUUGGCUUUAGCCGCAUCCUACCGAGGAACAACCGGGGUCUUGGAACUGUUAAGUCACGGUUAUCAGCCUGACGAUAUUACUUGGGCUAGGGCUUUUAGCAUGAAUACCUUGAAUUGCUUGGAGGCGCUGAUGGAUUACAACCUUCACGUAAGGAGUCUUCAACUACCGCUAUUGACACUUUCGCCCUUGCUGGGAUAUGCGAUAUAUCAUGAAAUGAAGGAAGCAGUCGCCUGGCUUAUCGAAUCUGGAGCCGAUAUCAACCAGAAUGAAGGACUCCAUCACAUGGGCCGCUCGCCUCUCCAAUCUGCUACUGAACUUGGUCACUUAACAAUCGUCGAGGUCCUUCUGCGGUCUGGAGCAAAAGUUAAUGCAGCGCCAUCUUUUAUUACUGGCGUUACAGCUUUGCAAAGUGCCGUCAUCAAAGGACACAUUGGAUUAGUGAAGCAGCUGCUGGAUGCUGGUGCGCGGAUCAAUGCCAGGGGUAGUCGAGGACGUGGCAGAACGGCAUUGGAAGGGGCUGCUGAGCGCGGCCGCCUUGACAUAGUUGAACUAUUACUCCAACACGGGGCAAUUACCAAAGGACCUGGGAUAUUUCAGUUUAUUCGAGCUAUUCAUUUCGCAGAGCGAGAAGGACAUCAAGCCACAGCAGUAUUGUUACGACAAUCGAGGGAAUGGACGGAUGAGGACAUAGCCAUGUAUGAUUCAGUGCGCGCGACAUGCCAUGUUUACUUUUCUGGGCUGGGACUGAGUGGCGCCAGGCAUUGCACCUGUAACAGCGGCUAUACCCAAGGACAAUAUUGUUGUGACGAGAUCCACAUGCCAGAGGAUGAGUGCUAUUACUGUUAUACUGACGAUGAGUAG